ACAUAGUGAAUUUAUAGCAUUUAAUGGUCGCAUUUUAAUAGUUAAAUUCCAAUAUUUUAUUUUUUAUUAUUCAAUCCAAAUGUUGUUUUAACAUUACGGAUAUAUUUGAUAGGAACUAACAUUUUCAUCCAUGGCUGUAUUUAAAUAUAUUUUAAAUUGACUUCGGUUAAAUUUUAAAAAUAAUAAAACAAGUGACAAGACAAUGUUCAAUGUACUGACUCAGUUAUUCAGACUCAUUUGUUUUUAAUUUAAAUUGUAACUUUAGUUGUUUAGAAUUUAAAUUUAACGACUUAAUACUAGGCCUACUUAAUUAACUUUCACUUAAGUACUUUACUAACUUUAAGUACUUUGUAACUUUACAAAGUAAAUUGAGAACUGGUAGGCUAAGGCCUAGGGCAAAAUCAGCUUUUAUUUAUCAUGGCCUAUCUUAGCCUAGCUAGCAGCUAGGCUAGUUGCCACUGGGCCAAUGUAAGUGUAAGGAAGCAAGCCUGUGCUCUACCUUCGCAACCGAGUACACUGUACAGUAGUCUACAGGAGGGAAAGGGGCAACUAUGGCUCUUGCUGCAUAUGUGGCUGGGAUUGGCUCUUGCUGCAUGUCCGGCUGGGGGAUAUGAUAAAGUUACAAUUAUUAUUAUUAUCAUCCCAAAUUAUGCUUUAGUCUUAAGCUACAAUCAUGCCAAAUUAACUUAUUAGUAGGCUUGGUCCUUGAUUCAAUGGAUGAAAGAAGCAUUAUUUCACUUUUACCCAUUGCGAAACAUGCUGAAGGCAUUUCUCAUCCUACAAUACACAAAACUGGUCAUUGGGCUGAUUGUGUGAUUUUGUUUAUAACAAGGUUGGGUAAGACCUGGGUUUUACAACAUUUUGUGUAAAUAGCUUUGGGAUUUGUUGUAAGUAGGCUUUUGUAUUUUUUUUUAAAUCCACAUUUUUAAAUCUCUUGAAUCCCGUGGUUAGUGAGCUAUGUGGGGUUUAAAAGUUAGAUUACUUUUAUUGGAUUUGUGAUUGUGUUGUACAAAAAAAUAAAUUAUAUUUUUAUUCUCUCACUAUCCCCCCCUCCCCCCAUACUUUUGUAAACAAUAUCAUCAAUUUCUGGAGAUGUUCCACAGUCAUGUUAAUUAUGAAUUUGCAUCUACUGCAUUAAAGUAAAAUGCAAACUUCUCAUACUUAGAUUUCAUAAAAAGCUCUUAAAAUUAUUAUGUGGUGCUUACCCAUCACCAUGGCCUUCUGUAGUCAAUUGGUCCAGAGCAAGCUUUUGUUCACCGAUUUUAUCUUGGGUUUAAUAAUAUCCAGUCGAUUUUUAAUUUUUCCCCUUUUCUUUCACCUUCUAAAAUUAAGUUCAAUAUACUUCAUUGUUACAAAAUGUACAUUUCAAAAGUCUACAUGAACUUUUAAAACACUGUAGCCCUAACUCAUAGAUAUUCUUACACUUAGGCAAGACUGAAUCUAAAAAAAGACAGCAUAAAAAUAAAAAAGGUAAAUGUGAUUCCAUUAGGGAAUUAGUAAUGAUUACAAUAUUCAUUUGGUUUUGAUUCAGUGCAUUGAACUAUAGAAACACAAUGGAAACACCAUGGGCAAUUGCCUGGCAAUUUUUUCAGAGGCAAACAUCUGCUUGUACAAAGAAAGGAUUUGAACAUUCUUGGACACACUCAAUAAAUAAGAUUUUUUUAAAAACAUUUUUAGACUUUACUUACUUAGAUGUUUAUGUAUCUUUAAAAAAAUUACUAACUGGCUUUCCUUAUUCCUUAUAAUAUUUUUAUGGCAAUUUUGGAGGCUUUAAACAAGUAUGCUCAAAAUGUUAAAUCUUGCAGUUGAAUGGCCUCAUCUCAGAAGAAAAAGAGAGACAUUGAGACUUCUGAUAAAACUGUUGAUGACCUUGAGGGGUUAGAGUCUGAGGUUGCAGAAGAAGACAUUGACGAGGAUGAGGAGGCAGACUUCAGUGUCCAGAUGGAUGCCGUGGAGGAGGAGCGAGACGAACCAGAUGAUGCUGAGGAGAAUGAAAUCAUAACAAGAAUUGACAAGAAGACGUUACACGAUAAGUCCGUUGAAGAGGAUUUGUUUAAUGACUUUGAGUUUGUGCAUAAAGAAACUGAAUCAUCAGGAGACCUAGCUGAGGUAAGUUGAAAGGCUGAUAUAAUCAUCUCGAUAACAACAGCCUUUCAAUUUAGUUUUGGUUUAUUUGAAAGAAAUUUAGUUGAUGGACUAUUUAUCGACGGAAGUUUGAUUGAAUGGAAAUUUGAUUAAAUUUUAUUUUCAGUUCACAAGUUCAAAUUUUCGUCAAAUUUCUUUUUGAAUGCAUUAUUUUGUUUUACUAUAUAGUAUAGUUCAUUCAAAAAGAAAUUUGCCAAAAAAAAUUUCCCGAUAGCCAGUUUUGGUAGCUUACAAAGACCAUUUUAAAAGAAUACAUAUUUUAGUUGCUCUUCAUAUUAUCAUGCAAUCAGAGAAAUUUUGUGUUAUUACAGUUUUCAUUUUCCUAUUUGUUAAUGUAAGUUGAAAAAAAAUGAAAGAAUUGAAUAAAAGAAAGAAAAAAGAAUGUAGCCACAACUAAUUUUAUUUUUAAAAAUUAUCAAUUAAAAAAAAUAGCCAACUUUUUUAGUUUUUAAGAGGAAAAAAAAAGCUUAUGGGCAAAUGUAAGACCUGGCCACUUCCUUGAUUUUGUGUGGCCUGAGACCUGCUACACAUGAGUUUGGUGAUUUAAUUUGUAACAGCUCUGUCAUGCAAGGAACCUUCACAUGAAUAGACAGUGGUAUCAACAGGACAGGGUGACUUUCCUUGUUGAAUUCUUUUAUGUGGUACUGACUUGCCAUGCCACCUCACACCUCUGAUCUUAUGCCACCUGAUGCAUAUUUGUGGGAAAUGUCAAUGGCAGUAUUAAACUGUGAAGAUCAGGCAAAGAACUGUGCCUGCAUUACGCAAGAAAAUAGUCUCCUUUUCCAGGCUUCUGCAGUAACCAUUUUUCAGUGAUAUUUUUGAAAUGUAUGCAAGUGAUAUAAACACAGGGGGGUGAUGAACAUUUACGCUAUGCAUACUGUGGUAAAUCAACAUAGCUAAUAGUGGGUAUUUCAGUUUCUAUCAGGAGAAAUAAAUUUAUAGAUGACGACAAGGAAAUAUUGUUAGCCUUUUCUUCCAGUGCUCCUCCUUUUGGAAUGGGCUUUACUUGUUUGUAUAGUCUUUUCUUUUCAGUACUGUUGAAUGUGUGGUACUUGUUUGCAUAUAAAUCUUAGUAGUUUUAAGUUGUUGUUUUUUAUAUGCUUGUGAUUGUGCCUGGGUCAAAUCUUGCAUAACAAUUUUGACCUACCUCCUCAUGUCCAACUGAGCAGCUGAAACAAGGAAACAUUGAGUUCAUGGGCGCCCCACACUUUAUUAAUUUAUUCAUAUGACUGUGACAAAAGUUUUGGAGAACAUUUAUUUUAUACUUUUUAGUACAUUUUUCAGGUGUGUUUUUUUGUUUUUUUCAAAUUAUAUUUUUUAUUAUUAUAUUAAAUAAUUCAUUUUUAUAUAUGUACACUGUAUAUUAUUUUUAUUUUCCUUUUAAAGGAAGUGAGUGUGGACAUAGGUGGCUGGUCUGAUGGCGAUAAAGUUUGUACGGCAGCAAUUAACACCAGUCACAAAUUUACUUGCAUCGACUACCCCGGUGUGAUCAAGAAUGUUGAUAAAGUGAUAGAGACACUUGGUGGCGUCCAAGACAUUUGUACCGUAGGUCGAAUCUUUUUGUUAUCAAGUAUGCGUGCAUAUUUAGCAUUCAGAUUUAGUUGUUUCUUACGUCAGAAUAACAUCAUCGCCAGCUUAAAAAAUGUAUUGCACAAUGUAAACAGUAUAUCUAUUUAUUUUUAUAUAUAUGUAUGUCUCCAUAAAGAGGCAAUAUUUUAAUCACCCAAAUCCAUAUAUGUCUAGAUUUUUGGAGCAUUACCUUUUUUAAUGGGUCUGUUAUAGCACACUUGGGUGUGUCCACUUUCAAUGGGUCUGUUGUAACACACAUGGAUGUGUCAGCUUUCAAUGGGUCUGUUGUAACACACAUGGAUGUGCUAGCUUUCAAUGGGUCUGUUGUAACACACAUGGAUGUGUCAGCUUUCAAUGGGUCUGUUGUAACACACAUGGAUGUGUCAGCUUUUAAUGGGUCUGUUGUAAUACACAUGGAUGUGUUAGCUUUCAAUGGGUCUGUUGUAACACACAUGGAUGCGUUAGAAAACUUUCACAGGUGUAUCACAACAGUUUGAAAUAAAGGGGAAUAAAUCAUUUCAUUUUGGGAGACAUUUUUAAAGUUAUAUGAGUCAAAUAAUAAAAUUUAACAAGUUUAUCCCAUCAGACAUACACAUUUCUUGGUCUGCUUGUCUUUCUGUCUUACCUAAUGCAGAGUUCAAAAUAGCCCCAUGAAAAAAGGCAUAGAAUAAAUAUUCAUGUUUAUUUGUGAUUAAAUUGUACACUGUCUGAAAUUGUUGUCUUCCAGAGAUAUUUAUAGACUAUUAUUUCAUGCCCAAGAUAUGUUAAAUAUUAUAGAUGAUCUGCUGACCAAAUCUAAUCUAAAACUAAUUAAAAAAAUCUAAUCUUUUUUUAAUGUUCAAUGCCUUUCCCAGUCUUGGAUUAAUAUCUUUAAAGAUAUCUUCUCUGUUUUGAUUAUUUUCAAUUAGUUUGAUUAGUUUGAAUAUAUGCAGAUCAGCAUAUAACGAAAUUAGAAAAAUCAGCACCAUUAGACACCUCCUCUCCUUUGAUGCCACAAAAACUCUCGUCUCUUCACUCAUUCUUUCAAAAUUUGACUACUGUAACAUUCUUCUCUCAGGCAUUCCUCAACACCACAUAGAAAAACUUCAGAAGGCACAGAACUCAGCAUGCAGACUCAUUUUUAAAUUAAAGAAACAUGACCACAUUCAACCACACAUGCGGCAACUCCACUGGCUUCCAAUAUCCUCUCGCAUCAAAUACAAGUCUUCCAAUCUUUGCUUCAACUCGUUCACUGACCCUCACUUUCCUGUCUAUCUCUCUGAACUGUUGCUUCCUUACAUCCCCACAAGACAACUACGUUCUUCCAUUGACAGUAGAACCCUCUCAAUCCCAAGAACUAAAACUAAGACCAUCGGUGAACGCUCCUUCUGCUUCCAUGGGCCCACGUUCUGGAACCAGCUCCCCUUCCAUAUACGUCAUAGUGAAACCUCGUCCAUUUUCAAAAAGUCCCUUAAAACUCAUCUGUUUAGGUCCGCCUAUGACCUGUGAUGCACCCUCCUUGCCCUACCUAAUUUUCUGUUUCGGUUUAAUCCUGAAGUGUCAAAGUGUCCUCUUUUUAUAGCCAUUUUCAUUGUUUCUAUAGAAUAGUAGUUACUAUCCUAGUGUCUCAUUUGUAUUUACUUAGUUUACAUGUUUUAAUAACUGUAAAGCGCUUAGAGCUUUAUGAUAAGCGCUAUAUAAAAAUGCCUAAAUAAAUAAAUAAAUAAAUUAGACUUUUAAUUGCAAAUGAUAAGAAUUGCAAUAGGUUGUUUUUAUUUCAUCGCCUUGGUAAUUCUCACCUAUCACAAGCUACUUAAUCUGAUGACAGGCCAUAAAGGAAAAUCACAGGUUGGAAUUAUCAUUUCGUCCCAGGGAUCCAUACAGCAAAUGCACAUUGUCAACAAUGAACCACACACGCAACUUGCUUGUGACCAUUCGGAGAAGACGGAAACUUGUUGGUGCAAACAGUCCAAUAGGAGAGAGCUAUGAAUAUCAAAUCGAGGUGCAGGGGAUCGUGGAGAGGGUGCACACUUUUGACAGUAAGUUAUGCCAGUCUUUAAACCUGAUUGAUUUAGCAUUGCUUUUUAAUUUAUUACUAGAAUAAAUGACCCGAUGUUAUUGGGAUGGUAAUGGUAGGUCCUUUGCAAUAGUUUCUACCUGCUAUUGCAAAAUCUCAUCACAAUUCCUAACUUUAAAAAGAAGUAUCUAUGUAAUGAUAUUUCCGUUUCUAACAUCAUAAAGUUUUGAGAAGUAUUUAUCAGCUAUAUAUUAUAAGCCUAGUCUACUCCCUUUCACGCCCCUAAACUACAUUUUUCCCUCUAAACGGGACCUUAAAUUACACAAUCUAAAUUAUCUCUAAUUAUAUCACUUUUGUCACUAAAGAAUUUACUUUAGGGAUGAUUUCUACGCUAGAGAAUUAAUUUAGAUUUUCCCCUUUUCAUGUCCUUGAAUUCCAACUUUUGUUCUCUAAAAAUUGUUAAAAACAGUAUCUUACAUGUACAACAAAAACUCUAUUCAUGAUAUAUAAAUAUUUUAUAUUAAAGGAAGUUGUUAUAUUUCUAUCUUCAUCAAAAAUGUAAAACACAUUUUUGCCUUGUUUUUUUAUUUAAGUAUUAUCAGAAAAUCGUAAAACAAAGAAUUCUUUUAUCUAAAGAAGAAUCUGUAUUAUCAGAAAAUCGUAAAACAAAGAAUUCUUUUAUCUAAAGAAGAAUCUCGCAACCGGUUUUUCACGUCUAUAACAGACUUGAGAGUCUUUUUUCUUAAAUUGUUAAUCUCAUAAAAAUGCACACCCACUUUAGUUUUCGCAAAGCAAAAACAAAAAUAUAUUUUCAUUUUUAAAAAAAGAAAAUAAUAACCAAUCUAAAUUUUUUAAAAUUAAAUUCUCAAGUGUGUAAAAUGAUUGAGUUUUGAUAUUUAUAGGUAUACUUUAAUAAAUUUACCGACAUUUUGUUAACACCAUAGAUAUUCUUAAUUUGUAAAAAUAUGUUUAUUUGUAAAUAAGGAAUGUAACAUCUCUUUUUUCACAAAUGUAAUACCAUUUGAUUUAAAUAUAUUGCCAUCCACGUAAAAAUGUACACAGGUUAUUUCCUACCUCCGAUAUGUAUGUACCAAAGAAGGUUAAUUAUUUAUCAAAUUCAUUCCUUAUUUUGAGACGUAUCUUGUGCUGCCUGGGGCAAAUUGACUAACCCCCCCCCCCCCCUCCCUCAGACUUAGAUAAAAUUAAUAAAAUCUUCCACCGGAUUGUAGUCCCUNCAGCAGGGUGAGUCUAGCCCCCUAUGCCCCCCCCCCCCCAAAUUACCCCUCCCCGGUCCCACGUAUCGGGCCGCGGAGCGGCACGUUGGAGAUGCCCACUCGUCAGGACUAAAACUUCCAUACCAAAACUAACAAUUUGCACUUCAUAUGUUUCUUUCUUAUUUGGAUGAGUUAUAAGUAGAUUAGUGAAUGAUAUGACUAUUGAGUUUUGCUGCACUGAUUGAUUUAUACUGCAUUUUCUUAAUAGAAGUAUAAAGGUUAACUUUUUUUACCUUAUAAAUUUAAUAAAAGUAUAUUUUUGGAAUUUAAAAAAGGUAAAAGUUAUUAAUUGUUAAUACAAAGCUAAAAUUUGUGUUUUAUUAACAAUUUAAAAAACAAUCAAUUAUAUUUAUUAAUUUUACUUUUAAGAAGGGGGAAAUACAUUAUCAGUUUUAUAACGCGCAGUUAUUAAAUCAAAGAAAUUUAAGAGUUUUGACUAACAUAGGUGAUUCCUGCUAUGAGUCAUUUACAUGUUUAGUUAGAACAAAUUAAUUUUAAUUUUAUUUCGCAAUAUUAACAAUGCACUAAAAACGCACUAAAACAACUAAUGUUUGGGUUUUCCCGAUAAAUGUGAUUACGAUGUAAUUCUUAGAUCAUAAUUUUCCAUUAAAUUUUGUGUGCAUAACUUUUAAAUUCAGAUAAAAUGCUUAAAAUUUCCUUAGUUGUUACUUUAAAUGUAUUUGUAAUUCAUAAUAAUAAUACUUUAACUUUUACUAAAAUAAAAGCAAAUUUAUUUUAUUUUUUCGCACUUAAAUUUAUACGAUUUCCGUAAAAUAAUAGAAAAUAACUUUGAUUGUUUUUAAGAAUCCUAACGUAUCUAAAUCUUUUCAGUUCUGUGGAGUUACGUCAGUAUAGAUCAUUCUUUUACAUACUCAUUGCUGUUUCUUGUUUUGUCUUAUCAGCUGAAGAUGGUAUUUAGCCACAAGAUCCUUGUAACUGCCCUGUCUCUUUUAUCAAGCCUAAACAUAUCUUGUUCUGCUCUUCAUUUUGUUUACACCCCUUGAAUGCAGCCACUCAUAUAUCAAUAAAUUUAAUACCUUUAAAUUGUGCAUUACUUGCUCUAAAUUUUAGCAUUUGCUUCAAUGAGGGGUUGGCACUAAAAUUGAUGGUAACACCUUUAGAAUAAGUAUGCCGGCUGCCAAAAGAAAAUUCUCAAAAUUUCAUAAUUAGAUUUAAUCCUAGUAGGAUCAAUAAGUGGCAUUUUUAAGAAAAAAUUAAAUUAAACUUCACCGGAUUGAGAUACAAUUUUUUUUUUUUUUAAUCUGUCCCCCAACUCCCAAAAUGCUAAUAAAAACUUUCUUGAAAUCUUUUCAAAAUAUAUGUACAUAGCUAUGACCUGUCAAAGCUAAAUAUUAUGUAGUAAUCUGAACUAUGAUUUCGCAUAGACAAAAACAAAAAAAUAUUUACAAAAUGUAAUACCAGCUGGAUUUUUGUUGGGGUUAUGAUUUCAGAGAUGGUAGACUUUCAAUACCUACCAGUGAUCAAACUGCCCAGUGGUCAGUACAAGGAGAUUCUGUCAGCCAUUCAACCCAAGAUUGAUGAUGAAAGGGAUGAAUAUCUGUCCAGGAAGACGCCACUCUUCCUUCCUCCGUAUUCUUUUUCCAGGCGGGAGGCGCCCAUAAACUUCUACUUUGAAACAGAAGCUUACCAAACUGGUGAUACUGUACUUGGACAUGGUGAGUUUACCUGUCAGGUGAUACUGUCCUUGGACAUGGUGAGUUUACCUGUCAGGUGUUACUGUACUUGGACAUGGUGAGUUUACCUGUCAGGUGUUACUGUACAUGGGCAAGGUGAGUUUACCUGUCAGGUGUUGCUGUACAUGGACAUGGCAAAUUUACCUCUCAGGUGUUGCUGUACUUGGACAUGGCAAAUUUACCUCUCAGGUAUUUGUAUACUUGGACAUGGCAAGUUUACUUGUCAGAUGUUCUGGGCAUGGUAAGUUUACGUGUCAGGGGAUACUGUACAGAAGAUAAUCCAUUUGAAUUAUGGGAUGAACAAAUCCUUUCAGGGUCAAAGUAAGGCAGUAGAAGAGUAGACUCAUUUCCUACACAAAGCAACGUUCUACCAUAAAAUGCCUUUCCUGCAAGACUUCUAAUGUUAACUGCUAUAUGUAGGGGAUUUCUUGGUUAUUUUAACUGUGUUGUUAGUAGGUGUUGAAGGCAGAUAGUAGAAUUCAUCAUAUCACUGCCUUGAACAUCUCUCUCUCUCAUGUUUUCAUAUUUCAUUAGUUCUAGUUGUUAUAUCAACCCACACAUGUUUUCAUAUUUCAUUACUUCUUGUUGUUGUAUCAACCAACACAUGUUUUCAUAUUUCAUGAGUUCUUGUUGUUAUAUAUCAAACCACACAUGUUUUCCCCUUCAGAGAGAAAGAAACGAUUAGCUGGGGUCAUCCAUCUUAUCUACAGUGACCACAGUGUCCCGAACAGCCCUCACCAAGAUGCAAUCAACAACUUGGCCAAGCUACCCCAGCACAACCUCACAGACAGCAAGCUGGCCAUGGAGAAGGUCAGUUCCUCAUAUUGGACACCUUAUUGUUGUAUUUUGUUAUGCAAUAGAAUAUUUAUUUUAUUCAGCAAAGGCCACUCCUAUGCCUGAUUUAACUUUGUGACACUAAAGCAAAUUUUUUACCCUGCUGAACUGUUAUGUCACAAGAAUAAAACUUUGGAAUUAUGAAAAAAUAAUCCAUUCUGCUUUAUGACUUCUUUUUCUUUAAUUAUUUCAUCACUCCAUUUUAAAAAGUGUUAAAAUUAAAGCAAUGUUGAUUGAACUGUACUUUAUUUUUUUUUUUCAUUAUUGGCUUUCAAAUUCAUAGUAGACUCUGUCAAAUAGUUUUGCCCUCAGCACAUUUAAAAUUUCAAAUUUAAUAAACAUCUUUUUAUUUUAUUGUUCAUUAAUUAUUCUUUAUUAAAUAUUUGAAUGCAUGUAAUUUUUUUAUGUUUGCUUCACAUUAAAUAUGCAAUGGAAACAAAUGUUUUCUCUGUUUAAAAGUAAACCACCAAAUGUAAACUGAACUAUUUCCAUUGCUUAUCUGCAUAUGUUGUUCAUCUCCCUAACAGCUAUUUGAGGAACGGCCAGUGUGGAAUAAGGCUGGUAUCUUGGCCCAUAUUGACAGACAGUACCACAGGUACAUCCGGCUGCUGCUGCCUGCGUUUGCAUAUUAUUUUGAGACUGGCCCCUGGCGUAACUCCUGGUGCAAGUUCGGUUACGAUCCACGUAAGGAUCCAGCAUCUAAAAAAUACCAGGCCCUGGAUUUCAGAUUACGGACAGGUAAGUUUGACCGAAUGAAGUACGGGAUAAUUCCAGCACCCGUACCGGUAACUUAGAUUGAAUCAGGACAACAAAAGAGUCUGGCAUGUCUCUAUAACAUGUGUUAUUGUAAACCAAAGAAUUGAUUUAUGAGUGUAACACAUUAUGUUUGGAUGCCACAUACAGACUAACAUUUCCUUCUUUUACUCAUUUGUUUCCUUUUCUCAAAUGUAUAUUUUUUCAAUGUAUAAAUCUUUCAUGAACUGAUUCAAUCCCUUACUGGCCAGAUCCAGCCAACCGAAUCGCUGUUUACACCUUGCUUUAUGGAAACUGAAAAUCUCACCAUUGAAAUGAAAAUCUUGUGAGAAACAAGACCGAGGGAGAUUGCUUAGGUUUAUUUUGUUAUUUUUAUUGAUUGGGCAAUUUUUAAAAAAUGUUUUGUUAUGAUCAGGAGUAGUUAAGAAAUUUGUCUUAGUUUGACUUUUAAGAAUUUACACAACACAUGCAUUGGGAAAUGAUGUGAUAAAACCAAUUAUGAAUGAAAAUCUUUUUUAUUUCAUGGAAGUAAACUGCAAAAUAGAUUUCUUUUCCUUUUUUUUCUUUUCCUGAACCUAUGUACGGUAAAUUGGAGUUGUUUCCCUUUUGCCUGGGGGGGGGGGGGGGGGGUGGUUCAAAUGAUAAAAUUUCUGAGUGCCCAGAAUUGAAUGGGUUAAUAAUUAAUAUUUAUUUUUUACUGAAGAGAUGGCCUCAUUGUUUGUAUUGUCAACAUAGCUGCUAAAAGGAACCAGGUCGAGGCCAAAAGAGGCAUAGAAGUUUCCAGAAUGAGCGUGCUGGCACAGAAAAACACCCACCAGAAGCUUGCCCCCAUCCACCACCUUGACCUUGAAUCCAGGGGCAGUGAGGAGAAGCUCAGUCCUAAAGGAUUGGUGAGUCUGGAUAUCUGUGAUGUCUUAGUUGGCUUCUCAUAGUUAUCGACUUGUUAGCCAAGAGACCCAUAUCAUGGGACUGGUGAGAUUGGAACACCCUUGUGUAGAAGAAAACCGUCUCAUCUGUUUCAGAACUUCAUUUGGGAUGGGUGUAUUCCAAUCCUCCAUUUCAGGGGGAGUAAUUGUGUACCUCUUCUGCCAGCUUCAGAGGAAUUAAAUCGGUUAGCUUUUAUUGGUCUAGCAAUGAACAAUUUGUUCUUUGUUACUGCCCCUGUUACUGCCACACUAGCAUGCCACACUGUUACUGCCAGUGUACAAGUUUGUUUUGGUAAUGUUAUCAAUCUAUUAACUAUAAUAUUCGUUAAAUGGUCUUUGGUUCUUGUUGAAGAAAAAUUGUAAAAAACUUUAUAUUUUUUUUAAAAAUGGAAAUGUUUUAAUUUAGCACCAAAAAAAAUCAUAAUUAUUAACUGAUGAGAAAUGUUCUCCCAUGAUUUUUCCAGGACCUGACCUACAUCUACAGUCCCAACCACCUGCCGCCAUACAGACAGAUGAGGUACCAGGUCUGCGAUGUCAUGCAUGAUGAGGUGCAGAGAAUGAUGCAUGAGAAUGAUGGAAAGGUGAGAAUACAUUAUAUCUUUACCAGACCCAGCAAAGUCAAGAAUAUAACUGUAGACUUAACCAAUCAGAUAAUUGAAUAGAAUGAUACUCUUAUGGUAGCAACAACAAAUAUUCCCCAUUCCCAUGCUGGAGUGAUUCCAAACUUUCUAGGAUUUUUAAAUGUUGUUUUUCUUUGUUAUAAAAAGAAAAUACUGGACAUAAAGUUCCUUGUUUAAACAAGCUGAUAUUAAUCCCUUAACAGUAAGUACCCUCUCCUCCUUCCCUUACAAAAGACACCCUCCCCUUUUUUCAUAAAAUCUCCCCCUUAAAAUAGACACCCUCUCCUCCGUUCCUAACAGAUCCACCUUACAGUAGACACCCUCCCCUCUUUUCCUAAAUUCUCCCCCUUAAAAUAGACACCCUCUCCUCAUUUCCUAACAGCUCCCCCUAAAAAUAGACACUCUAUUCUCCGUUCCUCACAGCUCCCUCUUAAAAUAGACCAGCUGUCAAAGUAUCAACCCAUGUAACCCCCCCCCCCUCAAAACUGUAUUUGCUCUUGUAUUACAGGAAACGGUUUGUACAGAAAGAGAUGGUUGGUGCAUCCCAGACUUCACUGACAUGUGCCGGGACAUCAUGAGUGCUGCCAUUGAGAAACUUUUUGACUUUUAAAUUGUAUAAAUUGGAAAAUAAAUGACCAGAGACA